GGCUGCCGCCUGCUCCGCGCCGCACGCCGAGGCCUCGGCGGCAGCAGGAAAGGUCGGAAGGAGGGUGCUUUCUUCCCUUCUCACACCCAGUCUCCGAGCCAGAUAUUAGAGUGUCACGUUAGGGAGCCGAAAGACGAGAGCGGUUUUCUUGUAGCUGGAGUACUUCCCGUAGCCUCGGGGAAGGACCGGGAUUUUGAGGAGCAAGAGUCGAACCCCAAGCCGAGCGGGAGAAGCAGAAACCUCUUUCUGAAGCUGCAAGAGACAAAGGGAAGAAUCAUGUCCGCAAUUGCAGCUUACUAUAAUAACAAGUCCAUUCUCAUUACUGGAGCCACAGGCUUCCUGGGCAAAGUGUUGAUGGAGAAGCUAUUUCGUAGCAGCCCUGACCUGAAAGUCAUUUACAUCCUUGUGAGGCCCAAGUCUGGCCAGACACUGCAGCAGAGGGUUUUCCAUAUCCUAAAUUGUGAGCUGUUUAAAGAAGUCAGAGAGAUUUGUCCAAACGUGCAGGAGAAGAUCAGAGCAAUUUAUGCAGAUCUCAGUCAGGACGACUUUGCCAUCAGCAAGGAAGACAUGGAGGAGCUUCUCUCCUGUACAAACAUUAUCUUCCACUGUGCCGCCACUGUACGCUUUGAUGAACCUCUGAGAUCUGCUGUGCAACUUAAUGUCGUUGCCACCCAGAAGCUCUUGCUCAUGGCCGGUCAGAUGCCAAAACUUGAAGCCUUCAUACAUCUCUCUACUGCCUUUUCAAAUUGUUACCGGAAGCACAUCGAUGAAGUCAUCUAUCCAUGCCCUGUGGAGCCAAAAAAAAUCAUCAACUCCAUGGAGUGGUUAGAUGAUGCUAUUAUUGACGAGAUCACACCCAAGCUGAUUGGGGAUCAGCCCAAUACUUACACCUACAGCAAGGCCUUGGGAGAGAUGGUGGUGCAGCAGGAGGGCGAGAAGCUAAACAUUGCCAUCGUGAGGCCCUCCAUUGUUGGACCAACCUGGCAGGAGCCUUUCCCAGGUUGGAUUGAUACUAUGAAUGGAAUUAGUAAGACCAUUAUUGUGACUGGAAAAGGGCUUCUCCGGCUCCAAGCAAUUGAGCCAACGAACAUAAUAGAUUUAAUUCCGGCUGAUACAGUCAUCAAUCUCACCUUGGCUGUAGGAUGGUACACGGCGGUUCACAGACCUAAGACAAUGUUAAUCUACCACAGUACAUCUGGUCACAUCAAUCCCUUUUACUGGAAGGAAAUGGGAUUGCAAGUCAUGGCAACCUUGGAAAAAGUCCCGCUUGAGAAACCUUUUAGGAGGCCAUAUACUACAUACACAACCAGCACCAUCUCAAAACGGUACUGGAACAUAGUGAGCCACCAUGCCCCUGCCAUCAUCUAUGACUUUUAUCUAAUACUCACGGGAAGGAAGCCCAGAAUGACAAAGCUCAUGAAUCGGAUUUUAAAAACAAUUUCUAAGUUGGAGUAUUUCAGCAGCCAGAGUUGGGAAUGGACCACAUACAAUACAGAAAUGCUGAUGUCUCAGAUGAGCCCUGAAGACCAGAGAGUAUUCGACUUCGAUGUGCGCCAGUUGAACUGGUUGCAAUACACUGAAAAUUAUGUUUUAGGAAUUAAGAAGUACUUAUUGAAAGAGGAUAUGGCUGGGAUUCCAGAAGUAAAGCAACACUUAAGAAGGCUCCGAAAUAUUUACUACGUCUUUAAUAUUACCCUCUUCCUCAUUGCCUGCCGCCUUGCAAGAUCUCAGAUGGCUCGAAAUGUUUGGUUCUUCAUCGUGAGCUUCUGUUAUAAAUUCCUCUCCUACUUCAGGGCAUCCAGAAUGCUCAAGGCCUAACAUUUGGCAGUCUUCUUUUAUCUGGAACCUCUCAGAUACCUCUGAAACAGCAAACUGUUUCUCUAGAUUAGGAAGUAACAAAGAAUAUGCCCAACCUCAUUACCUGUCAAAUGUGCUGUCAUGUAUUCAUCCCUAUUUCUUAACUAUAUAUUCUUUUUAUUACAGUGAAAGUCAUAUCCUAGCCUAUAAUUAUACAUAUUUCAGGAAAAAAAUUAUUUCCAGAUUAUUUCCCAACACUCUGUAUCCUUGAAUAUAAUAAAAUGCCAAAGUAUACCCAUCUUUCCAUAUUUAGCUUUUUUCACCUGGAGUGGACUAAUUUCAACUCAAUAAACAUGGAAGAACACAUGGUAGAAGCUGAAAUAUGAUAAAGGCAAUUCUAACUUUGGAACCAUUCUGGGAUAAACCUAGUAUAAAGGUUUAAAAUCAAGAUAAGUAGAGGAAGAAUAGUCUCAACAUCCUCACAAAUGCUGUAAGAGAAAUAACUCUUCACUGAGAAGUAUGCUUUUUUGUGUUAUACUAUAGAGUCCUGGUUGAGGGCUGGGUUAAUUAGAAAAGUGGGCUUACAUUUAACAUUUUUCUUAACUAUACUCACUUCUGAAACCUAGAAAGAACCAAGAGGUAGACAUAUUUAUAUGUAGAAUGAGGGCUUAAGCAUAUUUGCAUUGAGAUUCAGUUUACUAUGCUUUUGAGGAAAAAUUCUCAUAAUUUGAAUUUGACAACUAUUAUUUCUAAAUCUUUUGAAUCACCAGUUUUCCUGAUAACCUUCAAGAGUUUCCUUCUUGUUCAUUGAAGUCACCAAACCCCUUAUAUUUAAGCUUAUUUUGCUCAGGCCUCAGUUAUAGUGACUAAAUGGAGAGGAAGGUCCUAGGCUAUAAAAACCCAGUCCCCUGAAAUUUGCCGUUGGGGAAAGCAAAAUUUCAAAUAAAAUUUUAAAUGCUAGUUUUAGUCUUUCUCUAUAUAGUAGAAAUUACUAGUCUAUGAUCACCAGGAUUUGCUAGAUCUAGAUCAUUCCAAUUACACCAUGUUAACUGUCCAAUGUACAGCAGAAAAGGAUAGACUUUAUUAAGUGACUAAGUUUAAAGACUAGGUGUUGUGUUUAAAAUUAUUUUAUGUAUCAGACAAAUGACUUAGUAAAAACUAAUUUAUUCCAAAAUUUCUAUACUAAUAUAACAUCCCAACUUUCCUCAUAUGUGACAGAUCAGUGCAUGUUGGAUUGCAGUAUUUCAUGUUAAAAACCUGGACUAUUAUUCAAAUAUAAUACCUGGGGCUUAAGCAACUAAAAAUAAUCGCAACUAGAAAAUUACACAAGCAUAAAAUGUUAACAGCAGUUAUAUUUAUGCUCACUUUCUGGAAUAAUUGGUAAUACUCAGAAAGGCACAUUCAGGUAGUUAAAGUGUACAAGGCCUUGAGGGCAGCUUCUACUAUUACUUGAGAGUUUUCUGAACCCAUAAAGGCCAUUUUGAGGGAACUCUUCUGGAUAAUGUCUUUCCCAAUCUCAUCUAAAUUCUGGGAACGACUUUCUAGGGCUGACAACCCAUCUCUGAAACAAAACACCCGGUCAUCUUUAGUUUGAGAUAUCUAUAUAAUAUUUUUGAGUUAAAUUAAGAUAUAAGCUGUAGAUACAGUAAAAAUGAAAUCAAGAUAUAAUUCAAAGACAUGGGAUUAAACAUAAUAGUUCUAAGAAAUUACUCUUUUGAUUAUUGUGUUUCACUAAUAAAUUCCACUGACCAAGUAUUUGACUUUUGAUUAAAUGAAAAUUUGAAUUAAAAAAUGUUCUCUUCUAGUGUUGUCUUUAACUGACUACUGAUCUCCUCCCCCAUCCCCCAAGAAAAAAAGGAUAUAAUCGUCCAAAGAACCUACCAGACUGAUGUAAAUUAACAGAGGUAUAUACUACUUCACUUUUUCUAAUAUCAUUAAUAGUUAUACUUACAUGCUGAAGCAUGUUCUGUGGCAUUAGAGAAACGACAGGAAUAAAGUUCUCUUGUGAACGAUUAAGCAGUAUAAAAGCAGGUAGGCAGAUGUAUGAAAGAAAAUCCCUAAUUAUUUUAAAGCAAGACCAAUUAACAAUUAUUUGAGUGCCUACUAUAUACAAUGUAAUGAGAAAGAACCAUCUACUUUUGGGGGGGAGGGGAUGAUAAGUACAAAGAUAUCUGUUUAAAAAGUUGUUUUGAUAAUCCCUAUAUUCUGCACCACUAGAUACCUGAUACAGUAAUGAAUAUUACAGUUGAAGACAGUCACCACUUGAGGCAAUUAAUACCAAAGAAAAUUAAGUCAGAGGGGCACACAACUCAGAAAAACAUUUCUCACAAUUUUAUACUAACCUAACGUUAUCUCUAAUGCUUUAUUUAAAUAACUGAUUUAGAAUCUCAAGGUAAUCAGACUGAUCUGAGGACUCAUAACCAAAUAGUGUAUAUCACAAUAAACUUAACAAUUAAAGUAGAUCAGCCUAGAUACCAAACACAUCAAUAAUUUUCAAAGUUCAUGGAAAUCACAUGCAAAUUUCCAUAGGGCUGUUUGUCUAGAACUAUAAAUCUAAUAAUUAUGUUCUGGUAAUAUAAGAAACUACCUAUAGCAAAAGCUAAUUGUUGUCCAUUUGCCUACAAAGAGAUGGAAAAAAAGCUCACCGCCUAGAUUACUUUUUAAAAUAUAUUUUUAAAAAAUUUAACAAAACUAGCAGUUGCUAGUUUUAAUAUGUAACUGGCUUGACAGGUGGUUCUGACACACAAAAAAACAUAGGUGUCCCUACUUUAUUUGUAACACCGAUUUCUACCUUUAACUGUAAAUAUAGGUGGGGAGAUGUGAGGUUGGGAAACUUGCAUCAAUUCUAGAAUACUUUAAAGAAAUUAAAGCUAAGUAUAGUUCAAGAAAUCACCAAAUUGAUUAGUAUAACUGCUUGAAAACAGAGUAGAAUUUAUAAAAUAUUUAUUACGUAGAUACAUGAGUUGUUGCUGAAGGUCUGCUUUAGUAUGUUGCUUUUAUUAAUGGGUACUUUUCCCCACACCUUCUAAGUUUUACUUUAAAUUACAAAAUAGUAUAAAUGAGUUAUAUUUAGAGUUGUUAAUCUAAUUUCUUUUGAUAAACAUUCAUCUGCAAAAAAGUGACAAUUUUACUUCUUCAUUCCCAAUUUGGAUGCCUUUUCUUUCUUUCCCUUGCCUGACUGCUCUGGCUAGGACUCCCAGUACUAUGUUGAAUAACAGUUGUGAGAAUGUACAUCAUUGUCUUGUUCCUCAUCUUAGAGAAAAAGCUUUCAGUUUUUCACCAUUGAGUAUGAUAUUAGCUGAGGGUCGAUAAACAUUCAAUUUCUAUUUGCUAAAAAACCCUAUUUAAACAUUUUGCUGAUUAUAAUCAACUGUUGACAGGUUUAUAGACUUGAAUCAAGUGUUCAAUUUUGAUCAUUUUUAACAUGAAAAAUAUAAAAUAAAUCCAAUUUCAUUCAGUAAUUUAGCUCUAUCUGGAGCAAAAGCAAAUGUAAACGAGUCAUAUGUAAAGAUUGCUAUAUCUUUCCUAUAAGGAAAAACAGCUUAAGUAUGAGGAACUGAGGCUUAUUGGGGGGUACAUAAUUGUAAAAGGACAAACUAUUCUAUAAGGAGUCAUUUUAAUUAGUCCAUUUAUUCAAGAUUAAGAAACUAAAUGUUUUUUUUUUUUUUUUUUUGCUUUCUGUCCUCUUAAAACAAAAAAAACACCUUACAAGAAAACCAAACAAAAUUCCAAGGCUGUUUGUUUCCUACCCUUAAUGCAAAGUGAUUUCAUUACUAAAGAAAUAUUUCGAAAGGGGCAAAAAACAAUAAGGAUAUACUGGAUAUUAAAUCUAGGCACCAUACCAUAAGGUAGUAAACAAACGGUGAUCUAUUUGGAUAAUGCUAACAAAGGGUAACUGUGUCUCCCUUUGGCUUGCUGAAGGUUUGCUAGAGUUCCAACCAGAGGGGAAAAACUUUAUAGGGGCAUGGUGAGAUUUUAAAGGUCAUAAGGCUUAGGUUUAAGUAAUUUUUAAACAAUCAAAAAUAUUCAUAUUGACUCAAGUUCAAGAUUCAAAGUUUUAAAUUUUGAAGAAGACUUGCAUAUAAAUUUAAUUUUUCGUACCUGAAUUAUUAACUCAACAUAAAAAAGAAUUCAUAAUAUAGCUCUUCUUACACCAUUAUAAAAUUAGGAGGUCUUAGUCAUUACUUUAGGAAUUCGUAAGUUUGUAUUAAGGAUUGUAAAUUUUGUUUGGAUUUCUAAUUUAUUAUAAAAAUUCAGUGAUUUCUAUCAUAAAAUGUAUAUGAGAAAAGUGUGAUAUUAAUCAUCUAAGUUGAAAAUUAUAAUUUUGUAGUUCUAACAAAUAUUAAGCUUUUCCCAAGAGGUAGUGUUAAGUGUACAAAUACUGCAGCAGAGAAUUCACCUAAAUAUUUCAUCUCUUCUUAUAGGCCAAUGUAUGCAAACAUAGUUUUUAAAAAAUCCAUUUUACAUAAUUUGGGUUUUAACUUUUAAAAUAUCUAGGCUGAAAUAUAUACAAUUUAAAAAAUAUUUAUAUUGAAAUAUAUACAUGUAGGUAUUAUGAAUACCUUAAUCAAAUGAAAAGGAGGACUGAGUAAUAAAGUUAGGUAUCCUACUGGAGGUACACCCAGGCAGAAGCCAAAGUGCAUAAUAAGUAGUCAGUACAGUGUUCUCUGUAAUGAAAGAUAAACAUGUGGUGAAAUCAAAACUCCUAACAAAUCUUAAUAUGCAGGUAUACUUCAUCAUUCGUCAUCCAAAGGCUGGUUAGAAUCUUAAUGCUGAUUGCCAAAAAUGUGACUCUGCUAUUUGGGAGUUUCAGUUGGAAACAUUUCUUAACUUUUAUAAUGAAAUUCAAAUGGCAAAGCAGGAUUUUGCUUUGAAGAUUUUUUUCUAGUUUUAAUGGGAUAGAUUAAUUCCAUUAAAAUUUUAAUAUGGUAUUUGGCAAACAUGGAAACAUUCAAAAUCAUAUAUAAGUAAUUUUUAAAAUUAAUUUUAAAUUUUUUUAAAGAUACGUAACUUAUAAUUCUAUUCAAAAGAAAAUAAUUCUGAAUCAUUAUUGUCGUUCUUCCCAUUAAAGAAAAAACUGAACUUUGAACUUUAGUCAAAAUUCUAAUACUCUUCUGUUAAAAUUCCUUUUGAGAGAUGUUCUAUUAGUUUCUAGUCUAAUUUUGUUGAAAGAAUAUCUGAAGAAACCAAAAACACAGAGAAGGCCCAUCUACUAUUUGGAAUUUUCUGGAUUCAAAAAUCUUUCAAAGCAUGUUAUGUCACAUGUAUUAAUCAGUUAACUUCAUGGCUCUUUAUGAUAAAUUGUGUAUUUUAAACAUUGAUUCUUCUGUUAUUUUCUGCAAAAUAUUAUUCAACAUAAACUUUACUGCAAUGUAGUUUUAUCAGUAUGUCUCCUCUCUGUUACAUUACUGUCCCAAUUGUUUUCAAGAAAACAUUGUUUUUAACCUUUUAAAAAUAUCCAUUUGAAAAACUAUAUCUUGUGACAGCCUAUUCUCUAAAAAUCAUUAUAUAAAUCUAGUCUUUUUAGUCUUGGCCCUGUUAUUUACCUGAAAUUUGUUUCCCCAUUUCUCUAAAUGGUUUAAAGCAAGGGUCCCCAACUCUUAGGCAACCAUGGAUCAGUACCAGCCCAUGGCCUGUUAGUAACCGGGCCACACAGCAGGCGGUGAGCAGCGGGCCAGUGAGCGAGGCUUCAUCUAUAUUUGCAGCCGUUCCCAGCGCUAGCAUCACUGUCUCAGCUCCAUCUCAGAUCAUUAGGCAUUAGAUUCUCAUAGGAGCACUGGUCUCUGGUGCCAAAAAGGUUGGGGACUGCUGGUUUAAAUCAUGGAGAUUGGUUGAUUAUUCUUCUACUAUUAUUAAGUAUUACAAAAGGAAAACUGAUGUUGGCACAUGUAUUUUAAAUAUAGUUUUUAAUGUCACCUGAAUAUCUCCUUCUCAUUUUAAUCUUUUAUAGUCUGAAAAUUUAAAAUCAACUCUUAAAUAGUAAGAAAGUCAGAACACAAUCUAAUAUAGAAUCAAUCACAUUCAGGACACUGAAUGCCGAUGCUUCUUUCAUCCAGGUUUAUAGCUUAACAGACAUUGUUUAAUAUGGUAAUCUCAGAUAUGACAUUAUCUUUUCUUAAAUACCUACCUCACAUUUCUAUUUUAUUUAAAGUUACCCUGUUGCCCAAUCACCAAACCAAGUAUAAAAUAUUCUCUUCCUCUUAAUAUUUUACAAACUGAUAAUUUUCAUCAUCAGUAGUGGAUCUUUUUAUUACUCACACCCUGCUUCCAAAGUAUACCAAUAUAAUAUAAUGAUCAGAUUAGGAAAUUUAGCAUUUUUUAAAAAAUAUGCUUUCUUCUCACUGUAUAAGUGCCCACUAUACAAUUUGUAAAUGAAACCUCUGUUAUCUAUUAUAGCAUCUAUGUUCCUGCCUCCGUAACAAUUCAUCUUAGUCUUCCAAGACCCUACCUCGAACAGUUAAAAAAGUCAAUAGCUAAAGUUUAAAGAAAAGCAGUUACCUUCAUAAGACCAAAUUAUUGG